AUGUGCCGUGCUAGCUCUGAUAAUGUAUACAGCAUCAUUCUCCUGGCCCUUGUAGACCACCGGUACCGGUUCCGGUACGUCAACGUGGGGACGCCAGGGCGGUGCCACGACGCGCAUGUCUUUCGGAGGUCGGCACUGGCCAAAAUUCUGGAAGGGCCAACGUUUACAACACCAAUGGUCACCAUCAACGGGACUGCCGUGCCGCCUCUGGUUCUCUGCGACCAAGCCUUUCCUCUGACGUGCAACAUGCUGAAGCCAUACGCACGCAAGAAUGUCGCGGGACAGUCUCCGCAGGAGAAGUUCAACCGGCAACUGUCGUCUGCACGUAGGGUCGUGGAGAACGCCUUCGGCAGGAUCAAGGCACGGUUCCGCUUCAUCAUGAAGCGGCUGGAGUGCGACGUGGACAACGCCCGCUUCGUUAUACGGGCUUGCUGCACGUUGAAUAACAUCUGCGAGCACUUCAACGACGGCGUGGAGUCCCAGUGGCUCACCGAAGUUGGCACGGAGGCCCGCCUCUACGAGCAGCCAGUCUGCAACACGGAUGCCGUGGCAGGCAAUGGUUCGAGUGUCCGGGACUCCAUUGCUGCCUACCUUCACCAGCACUAGAGUGAAGAGCGAAGCAAAGGCCCUUUCGAGUUCCACCGGAACGAAGGCCCUUUUGAGGACCAGCAGAGCAAAGACCCCUUCACCACCACAGAAGAAAAGGCCCUUUUGAGCCCCAGCAAAGGCCCUUCUCAGGGCCAAAAAAAUUUGGCUUUAGAGCUGACUUCUUUCGAUGCCUCCUCCCGUUGUCUCAAAUGAAGUUAA